AUGGCUGAUGAUAAUUUUACAGUUGUCACUGAGUUUAUUCUUUUGGGAUUGACAGAUCAUGCUGAACUAAAAGCUGUGCUUUUUGUGGUGUUCCUGGUGAUUUACGCCAUUACCUUGUUGGGGAAUCUGGGCAUGAUCCUCUUAAUCCAAAUCACCUCCAAACUCCACACACCCAUGUACUUUUUCCUCAGCUGUCUUUCAUUUGUGGAUGCCUGCUAUUCAUCUGCAAUUGCACCCAAAAUGCUGGUGAACCUCCUGGUUGUGAAGGCAACAAUUUCUUUCUCUGCUUGCAUGGUACAGCAUUUGUGUUUCGGAGUGUUCAUCACCACAGAAGGCUUCUUACUGUCGGUGAUGGCCUAUGACCGCUAUGUGGCCAUUGUGAGUCCCUUGCUUUACACUGUAGCCAUGUCUGAGAGAAAGUGUGUGGAGCUUGUCACAGGAUCAUGGAUAGGUGGAAUAGUUAACUCAUUAAUCCACACAAUCAGCUUGAGGAGACUGUCCUUUUGUAGGCUAAAUGCUGUCAGCCACUUCUUCUGUGACAUUCCUUCACUGCUAAAGCUGUCAUGUUCUGACACCUCCAUGAAUGAGUUGUUGCUGUUAACCUUCUCCGGAGUCAUUGCCAUGGCCACCUUCUUGACUGUGAUCAUUUCCUACAUCUUCAUUGCUUUUGCUAGCCUAAGGAUCCACUCAGCAUCAGGCAGACAGCAAGCCUUCUCCACCUGUGCCUCUCACCUGACUGCUGUGACCAUAUUCUAUGGUACCUUAAGCUUUAGCUACAUUCAGCCAAGCUCCCAGUAUUCUGUGGAACAAGAGAAAGUGGUUUCUGUGUUCUAUACGCUAGGGAUUGCCAUGUUAAACCCGUUGAUACACAGUUUGAGAAACAAGGACGUAAAGGAGGCAGUGAAAAGGGCCAUAGAAAUGAAACAUUUCCUCUGUUAA